AUGAUUAAACCUCAAAUCAUUGCUGAUAGUUAUAAGGAAAUAUUAAUCAUUUUAAAUAAUAUUAUCAAGAAUGAAGGCAACAUUCCACUUAUAGAUUAUCCUGUUCUUAUUGGCUCACGUGCUGCAAAAUGGCAUAUUUAUUCUUUUCGUGAACCUAAUGAUUGGGAUUUGAUGGCAACUCCUUUACAAACAACUUUAUUUAUUAAUAAAGUUAAAGAAUAUAAUGCUACUUUUAAAUAUAUAAAAUUAAUUUAUUAUCCAGGAGGUGGACUAAUACUUGCUGGAGAGUAUAUUGAUAAAUACACAGCAGAUAAAAAACUUAUUAGCUUUUAUAUUGAACUUGUCUCUGAGAAAGUGGAUUUCAGAAACAUGAAAUCCAUCUUUGAAGGUAAUUCUGAAGAUAAUAUGAAAGUUGAUGAUAUGCAAGAUGAUGAUGAAAUCAAUAAAAUUGAAUUUGAAAGGUUUAAUGAUGUUCACCCAAAAAUGAGUGCUCUAAUGAUUUUAGAAUUAUGUUGUAAUAUUGAAGAUAAAACAAUGCUUCCAUUAUUGUCAAAUUUCUUAUGUAUUGUCGCUCCAUUAAAAAUUCUUGAAGCUUUGAAAACAUCUCUAAUUUAUUGUCAAGCAGAUUUGCAUAAAAAUAUUUCAGAUUUACAUUUGUUGAGAGAUUAUGUAGCCCUGACCCAAACGAAAAAGAAGAAUAUAGCAGAGGACUUAUAUAGUCCACAACGUGAUGAGUUAAUUGAACUUAUAUUAGAAACUCGUAUUAAAGAAACUGAAAUUAUAUACAGUAAACCAGGUGCAUAUAGUAUCAAUUUAAAUAUGUCCAAUGAUGAUUUCUUGGAAUAUGAAGAUAAUCUUUUUGUACAAAAAUGUAUUUCCCAUGAGGAUUUAUAUGAACUUGUAAAAUAUGGUGAUCAUCCAAUUUAUCAAGGUUUAAGAGAUGGCCAGUCUAAAGAAUUGAUAAAAAAAUCCCUUUUUGAAAAACUUGACUAUCAAACAAAAAUUAAUUGUAUGAAAGAAGUAGUGAUGGUUAUUGCACUUGAAAGAUAUCUUAUUCCAAUGAUCUCCAAUGAUCAAGAAAAUUCUUAUAAAUUGGCACUUUUUAGGUUCUGUGCUAAAUUAACUAAAGGCUGGUUUCAUCAAUUUGCAAUUGAUAAUUAUCCUCGACUUUCAAACCUUGAUAAAGAUUUAUUAUCAAUUGCUCAUAAUAUAAUUGAGAAAUUUCCUAUAAAACAAAAAAAGCCAGAUGUAAUAUUACUUGAUCCAGAAACUCAAGCUAUUUUUGAGUCUAUUCGUCCAUAUACCAAAACAAUUUCUUCCUUUGAUGAAAUCAGGGAUUAUGAUGAAUCAGAUAAUUCUUACACUGAUGUUAAAAGAACUGGAAUUAAGAUUACUUCUCCUAUAAAUAGUGAUGUAUCAAUAACAGCUAUUAUUACAAUUAUAAAUAAUGAAUAUAGAGAUGUUUAUAAUACGUCUAAAACUGAUAGAUGGACAGCAUCUGUUGUAAUCUUACCUACUAAUGACUUGGAAAUCUUAAGUGAUGAUGAUGAAGAUGAAGACAGUGAUUCGUUUGACAUGGAUCAUGUGGGUAUUUCGUUUAAAGAUCCAUUGAAAAUUCAUCCUUAUCAAAUAAGGUACAGUGGAAAAUUUUCAAAACUUAACUCUAAGCAUACAUUUGUACUUGGAAUUAGUUCUGAAGAUAAUAUUUGGGAACCAGUAAACAUUGAAGUUAAAUCAGCUGAUUUUGUUGCUAGUUUACUUGAAAUCCCUGAUAUUACUGGUGAUUUAUUAUUUAAAUAUGUGUUGGAUUAUUUGAAACCAACUUUAGAUUUUGGGGAGACACCACUUGAAAAUUGGAUUAAUGAAUUAAAAAGUAAUGGAACUAUUUCAAUUAAACCAAAUCAACAUCUUUGGUAUUAUGCUUGGAAUAUUCGUAUCUCUAAACAACGUUUGACACUGCGCUAA